AUGGCUUCUGCUUCCGAUCCUAAACGACAACUUAAAAUCAAGACUGGAGUAGUAAAGAGGUAAAUUUUCGGAUCUCGUUUUUCUGCACAUUAUCCUAAUCUUAUUUAAAAAUGGUGUCUGUAGACACAUUGUAAAUUGCCAUGUGUAAAUAAUAAUUGUAAAUUGUAAAUUGCCAUGUUCUGUUUGGUUUUAUUGGAGAGCUUGUUUUGAUACUCUAAACAUGAUUGCUACAGGAUGAAAUCAGGGUAAAGUGAAAUUUCUACCAAAUACGAAAUCGUUCUUCUUAUCUUGGACCUCUUCUUGCGGAAAGACGGUGACACCUUCGAUGAUACUUAUGGACAUCUUUCAACCUUACUGAACUAUUUGUUUAGCAAGGUUGAAAGAUUCCUGACCAGCAUAUCCUUUCCUUUUUUCAUGCAAGUUUAUAAUUAAUGUGGUUUGUGAAUGAAAUCGUACUUUUUAUUUUUAUUUUCAUUUUUUCUGACAUUUCAAUUAUUCCGCAUAUUUCAUGAACAUGAGAGGUGUUGGACCACCAUAAUAUUGUUGAAUGAAAUUGAACGACAAAUUCAGUCAUAUUUCUGCGUUGUCUAAAGGAACUGCCCGUUCAUGUUCACUGUUUGUAACAGGCUGAAAGUAUAAAUUUAUGGGUGGAGAGGAUGGCUAUGUGGGUAGGCUUGAGGCCAUUAUUGGAACUUGUUAGUGAAAUGGGUCUGGGAAAUUUUUUUAUUUGUCAGGGAAAAGUUGGAAAAUUUCAGAAACCUACACUGUGGCAACCAUGUUGAAUAUUUUGAAGUCACUCAAGAAUAAGGAAUCUUGUUAUUUAUUUCCAUUACCUACAGCUUCCUAUAACCCUUUAAUGCCUAAGAGUGACUAGCAUCUAAUUUCUCCAUACAAUAUCACUUCUGAAUCAAACAUUAAGGUCAUGAAAAUAAAGGAAAUGAUCACCAACUAAAGAAGCUCUUGAUUGGUAAACAAAUUCUCCUUGUUAGCACCAUAAGAAAUGUGUAGAGAACAAUAUGGAGAAUAUACAUAAUGAAGUUAGGAUGUGAGGGGUUAAAGAUUUUUCUUGGUUGUGCUUUGAGAGACCUUUUGAUGCAGGUAGAGAACAAUACAAACAGUCCUGUGGAACUUAGUAAACAACUGCUUAAUAAAAGUGUCCCUUUGAUAAAGGGAAAAAUUUCUGGUCUCUGGAAACCUACGGCUUAAUACAGGGUGACCAUUGAAUACAGUAUUGCUUAUUACAGGUUGGACUGUACAUUCUUUGUUGAAAAGAAGUUUCUGGUUAAAAAAUGAUUUUUUUCCAGAUUAGCCAAGGAAAAGCAGAUGUAUGAAAAAGAAGUUAAAGAUCAGUCAGCCAAAGUUGAAAAAAUGAAGGCAGAUGAGAAAGAUGAAUAUGAUAUAAAGAAACAGGUUUGUGCCUUGUUUCUGCAAUGACCUCUUUCUUAGUAAUGCAAGGAAAUAUGGGGGGCGGAGGGGGGGGGGGGAGACAAUUUGAAGCUUCAAACUGAUCAGUGGUCAUUCUUGAGAGUAAAAGUAAUAAACCUACAGAUCUGAUUAUGGUUAGUUCUCUUUCUGCAUUUCCCUCAAGGUUAGGGAAGAGAAAUUGUAUUAAUUAAAUGUUAUCGAAUGGCAGAUUGAAGUACUUGAGGAAUCCAAGACCAUGAUUCCAGACUGUAAAAGACGGCUCAAGACUGCUUAUGAUGAUUUAACAAAUCUUGUGGUAAGAAAUAAGUUGCUCUUUAUUUGAGGGUAUGAUCAAUCGCUGAGGGUGGUAAUGUUAUGCACUUAUUGACUGAUCUUAGGGCCAGACGGAAAAAUAUUUGGCUUGAGGUCAUGACAUAGGGGCCAAGUGUGGUGAGGUCUGUGCAUCAUGAAUGAGGCCAAAUAUUUUCUGUCUGGUACAACCUAACUUAUGUCAACAGUGCGGCACAAUAUAUGUCAGCUGUCGCCAUGGUUUUCUAUGUGAUUGUGCAAGGCGAUUACUAAUUGCACAAGCCAGGUUGGAUGGGUCCUAUGAUAGUGACUGGUAAUGACUGUUAUCGGUUGCUGUAAUCAGGUGACACUGCAGUGGAAUUUUGUUUUUGAAAUUAAAAAACUCUCAUCAGUCAAAAUUGACUUUGUAAACUACCCUUUAGAAAAGGAAUUUCUGUUGUUGUUUUUCUUAAAUUUAGAUAACCGGUUUCCCCUGCAAGUGUGUUCCCUUUCCAUUCCUCUCCCUUUCAGUUUUGUCCUUGUUGUUUUUAUUCCUUACCAAACUUCCAGAAGUUUUUGCCAUUCCAUAAAACAAACUGGGAGGUGAAAUUAUCAAAAUUGGGAAGACAGGAGGCUACCCACCCUUGAUUAGGAUUAGCAUUUACAUGUACACUGUAUUCCAUCAUGUAGUCAUUUCAUUCCUUAUGCUGGAAGGGGUUGGUAAGCUGCAGAGGUUGAAAGACUUCUUCCCCAUGUAAUCUUUAUGUGGCUACUUUGUGAAAUUGUGAUCAAAGACAGAAAAUUAGUCUUUGAACUGAUUCUAACAUCAGUGUCUGGCCAAAAAAAGUUACUUAAAGAUGUUCCAGAAUAGUGGAAAUCAUGUCUCAGAGAGAGUUGCAAGCACAAUUCAAUUUAGCUGUGUACUCAGUUAAGAUUAUACACCUAUUACACUUUCUAAUGACAACCCUGGAAAGGAGUGUUCAUAAGCCUUGGCCAGAUAGUUCAAAGCUGGGUUAAGAUAACCCGAGUUUAGGGUGAAAUCUGAUCUCAGUUCUACAAGCAUUGAAAGAAAAUUCAGUAUAGCCUUUUUUUUUGUUUACAAUUUGGUGAUUACUGGUAGAUGCUCCUAAAGGGGUAAAGUAAAUUAUUCCAAAAAGAGCUUUUGCACAAAGGAAUAAAGAAACCUGGAUUAAAAUUUAACCUUGUGUUGGGGCUAAUUGUCCUUUGAACAAGAGGGCCAAGAUGGGAGAGGCUUGAAACACUGCAUGUAGAUAACUCUCCUUAACAAAAUGAUGACACACUCAGCUAAAAUGACUUAGUUUCGUUUCUGGUUUUGUCUACAGGCAGAAACAGAAGAAGAAUUCGGUACGACAGAGGAAUACAAAAUGGCCAAGGAAAUCUUGGAAAAAACUGUUCUAGAAGAUUGAGAAUUGAUGUACUCAGUGGAACUUAAUCAUUCAGACAAACAAAUAAAAUAAACAUGUGAUUCCUUGGAUGUUACAUGUAACAAGGUGCAUUCAUUAGUUACACUUUUUAUUCUUUACAUUAUUUGUGUGUGAAAAGAUGUAAAUGAACCCUGUAGCUUGAGACCAAUAAUUCUUUUAAUUUUCCAAGACAUCUUGAUUAAACUUAAGAGAAUGAAAAGUUUGACAUGAACAGGUGUGUGACACUUUGCUGUGAACAAAUCUUGUUUUAAAUGUUAGAAAAAAAAAUGGAAUUCUUUGUAUUUUUUUCGUAACUUAUUCACUUAAAACUUUUUUUUUUUGAGUAAGCAU